CCUAUACAAAUUCGAAAUGAAUUAAAAAAAACUAAUACACUUUUUGUUAGUUAUCAGAUUAUAGCACUAUUUUGUAGCAAAAUUUGGUAGUAAUUUUUCCUUAAUAAGAAAGAUCAAUUUGAAUAUCCAUUGAAUCGUCUUCUGAAAUAACUGAUUUGCCUUUGAAUUAAAAUACAAUAUUAUUUUUUGGUUUCCGUAAUAUUCUCAGUUGAGCUAGGUCAUUUUUCACUAUUUUGUACACAUUAGCAUGAUUUGUAUUCUUUCCUGUGCAUCAUGCUUUUGGUGUGAGCUGGAUUUAUUUAAUGUUAACAUAAUCUUCAGUUCAUUUAUCAUUUUAAAGAAAUAAUAAAUAGGGUGUGAAAUAAAAACAUGUGCAAAAUAUUUUGCAUGAAGCUUUCUGUGUUAGAGAAAAGAUGUAUCUAACGGCAAAAAAUAACUAUACCGAAAUUAUUGCUGGCUGGUGUCUAGCUUUUCUCAAAACGUUGGACAUAGCAUUCUAAAUCUUGACGUGUUUCUUAAUAUUUUCAGGAAUAUGUUCGGACAUCAAAUAAGAAUGUUAGGUAGACCAUUUUCGAGAUCUGUAGCCACUGGUUUACCUGGAAUUGAUUUUAAUGCUGACUCGAGACGGCAUAGCUUAAGGGGUUCAAUAACAAGAGCAUUAGGGGCAUUAAAAUCCAAACACGAAAGAACCUCACCAUCUAGUUCUAGCGAGAGUUCGAGUGUCCUAAGUUUAGGUCAGUCGUACCAGAUGUGUUACUCCCCUCCCAUAGGGGGCAGGACCCUAUCUCAGCUCAGUAUGACAUAUGCUCCUCCCCCUACUUUACAAGAAUAUGAACCAAUAUACACUCCGCUGAGUUUGUACUCGCAAUCGAGUGUGUCGACGAGAGAUAGCCUGCAGAGAUUGAAUGAAAUUAAAGAAGGAAUCACUCAUAGAUACGGACAAAGAGCGGAUCACGCUCACCGAGUGAGCUCGCCUCUGCCGAGCAAAUCUGUCGACGACUCGGCCGUCAAACAAAGAAGACAUAGACGCGUUAAAAGUAUCGGCGACAUUAAUGCCUGUAGUAAAGCAUCCGUGUAACACUGAAGUUCCAUAAAACAAUUACAUAUUACUCAGCAUAUCCUAUUUUACAACUAUUUUGUUAUACUGAUUAUAUUUCUUAUCCUCCAGUAUUUGUUUACGCGAUACUCAAUAUUUUGUAAUAAACUCUUUAUCACGUUCUAAAUAUUGCUUGAUUUUUGCUGUACACUGUGAUAAUAAAUAAUCUCACAAAUUUGAAUGGCUAAUACGUACAUUUUAUUUAGGAUACUUAUUCAUAUUACAGUCGAAGUAUGACAACGGUGAUAAGCCACUAGAAAUGUUUCUAACAUGCCCGGUUUCAGGUUUAAUACCAAUUUGUAUUUGACGUUUAUUCAAUUAUUUAUUCCUUAUACUAUCCAAACUUCGGCCGUAAUUUAUCAUUUUGUAAGUAAUAUAAAAAUAUUAGUCAAUUUCUGUAUAUUUAGUAUUUAAAGCGA